UUGUUUCCUCCCAACAGAUGCAGAGUGGAAGCCGUAGCAGUACGCCAGCCAGUGCUCUUGAUGGAAGAGCUAUGUUCCCACAUCCAUCUGCAGUCCCAGGACAACAGAAUUUACCAGCAUCCUACCCAAGCAUCUCCAGCCCUAGUACAAGCCUUAUGUCCCAGAGUGCACAGCUCAUGGCAUUAGGACAUAACAUGAUGUUCCCAGGCUCAAAGUUCAUGACUGGAGCACCACCAGAAGCUCAUAGGUAUCUUCCAGAAUCAUAUAGAUUGGCUGCCGAGACACUUGAUCAAAGUCGCUAUGCAAUUGAUAGUCAGAGAAUGUCUGCUGACCCAUACAGACAGUCUAGUGAGCCUCAGCGUUUGCCAUCAGACCUGCAGCGCAUAAGAUCUGAGCUGCAGCGUACAGAAGAGCAGAGUCUUGACCCUUACCAGCGACCUCCAAGUGACCCCUAUAGAAACCCUGUUGACCUGCAGAGAGCGCAAGAAUCAAAUUUACAACAAUUAGCCUCCAAUGCGCAACGUCUUGUUUCUGAUCUACAACGUCUUCAGUCAGAUCCACAACGGCUUGUGGCAGAGGCUCUACGACCUCAGGUGUCUGAAUCGGUUCGAAGUCCUGAGACCUCGUACCGUAGCAUAAUGUCUGACCCUCUGAGGCCUCCUUCAGAACCCCCACAGCGUACAGUCCAGGAAUCAAUCAGAAGUCAUGCAGAUGCACAGCGCAUGGUACAAGAGAGUCUCAGAGAAUACUUUAGCCCUUCCCAGAGGACCAUGCAAGAAAAUCUGCGGUCCCCAACUGACCAAAGAAUGAUGCCUGAAAAUUUGCGUUAUUCCUCAAGUGAGAGUCUUCGAUCUGACCCGCUGAGAUAUGGCACGGACCUAAGUAAUCAACGGAUGAUGCCAGAGAACUUAAGAGUCGGAAAUGAAACUCCCCAGCACAUUCGAGUUGGAGCAGAAACCCCACAACACGUGCGUGUAGGGGCUGAAACUCCACAACAUAUCCGUGUGGGAGCAGAAACUCCACAGCACCUACGUGUAGGGGCCGAAACUCCUCAACAUCUUCGAGUUGGAGCCGAGACUCCACAACACCAGCAUUCACAACACUUACGAGUAGGGGCAGAAACUCCACAACACAUGCGUAUAGAAGAAAAUUCUCAACACAUGAGGCUAAGUGGAGACACUCCUCAGCAUCUACGAGUAGGUUCUGAUUUACAGCAGCAUCACCGCCCUGGUGUAGAAACAAGUCAGCAUGUUAGGGUAGGUGAAGCAUCACAUCACCUUCGUGUUGGUGCAGAGACCCCGCAGCCCCAUCCCAUGAUGCCAGAGAAUCUCAGGGUGACCUCUGAUGCAUCGCGAAUGGUCCCAGAAAACCUUUGUGUGACUGAACCAUCUCAUCAGCUAAUGCCUGAAAAUCUGCGAAUAAAUCAUGACAGUGGAAGUAACUCCACAGGGGUAAGAAUGAACCCCCCACCACCUCCAGAGUCAUCCAUUCCUCCCAUGCGCUCACACUACGAUCCUCCCUCUCAUCGAAUGAUGACAGAAUCUCCUCACCCCUUGAGGGAAUCAAUGCGAGUGGAGUCGCCACGCUACUCAGAAUCAAUGUACCGUGGAGACUUGAGCCACAGCAGCCUUGGGCCCCCAACUCCUGCUUCAUCUGUAACACCCAUGCCUGAUCCUUCAAGUGCACCACUUCCUCCACAACAUCAGUUUUAUAGCAGCCCAUACAACACACAGUUUUCCCAGUAUAUAAGUGAUAGUCAGGACCGAGACCAUCGAGAAAAUCUUGGAUUGGAUGAUGAUAUGGAAGUCAAGCCAUACCAUGAUAUUAAGCCUUAUAACCAGGAUUAUGGUACUUCAAUGCUUGUCCAUGAGGCACAGAUGGGUUCUGCUCCAAAGCCACCUAAACCCAAAAAGCCUAAAGAACCUAAACCUCCACGCAUACCUGUGAUUCACAAAUGCAAUGAAUGUGAAAAGGUCUUUAAGAACAGCACUCAGUUAAAGAACCAUAUGUGGAGGCACACAGGAGAGAAGCCAUUUACGUGUGAGGUUUGUGGCUCAAAAUUUACCCAGCAAGGUAAUCUUCGGGCCCAUAGGCGUAUUCACACAGGAGAGAGGCCAUACCAAUGCCCAGAGUGCAAAUCUUGCUUUACUCAGUUGUCAACACUUAAAACUCAUCAGAAAAUUCAUUCGGAUGAAAGGCCUUACAAGUGUGACCAAUGUGAUGCAGCUUUUAGACAGAUUGCCAACCUCAAAACUCAUGCUGUAACUCACACUGGUGAAAGGCCACAUAAAUGCGAUCAGUGUGAUAAAGCUUUCACACAAAAGUCAAAUCUUAAAGCCCAUAAAAAUAGAGUUCAUAGCGGAGAAGCUGGAACCCCAACAAGGAGAGGAAGGAAAAAAAAUCCAAGUGCAAUCAAACCAUAUAACUGCUUGGAAUGUGGGGCAAAGUUCACCAUGAUGAGCAACUUACGAAUCCAUAUGAAACUGCACUCUGGGGAGAGGCCUUUUGAAUGUGAUCACUGUGGGGCGGGAUUUGCCCAGCGAUCCAACCUGAAGACCCACAUCCAAAGGAUGCACGGGAAAGGGCCAGGACAAGGUAGGCGUAGAAUCAAAUGUGAUGAAUGUCCAGCCAUGUUUAGAUUAAAAAGAUGCCUUAAAACACACAAAAAGAAACGCCACCCCAUUAAGAGCUUGAAAAUCAAGAUUUUGAGGGAAUCCAAGUAUUUGAUGCAGUCAGAAGAGCCAGCAGAGGGAGAAAAUGAGGAUGAAUUUGAGGAUGAUGAUGAUGAUGACGACUUAGACGAUGGCACUGAAGAUGGAGAUGAGGGAACUGAAGAUGGUCCUAAUCUAGAACCUAUUGUACAGUUACAAGAACCCAAGGAGGAGCCAUAUUCACCAGGCUAUAAUCAUCCAGACUCUCCCUAUGGUGACGAUCCUGAAUGGCAAAAGGAAAUUGCAGCAAAAGAAAGCAGCAGGCUUGAGAAGGCACAAGGGGAAAAUGGAAACAGGGGAACCGAGAAGAUGGAUCUCCCCACGGGUCCUGUUGAAGCAGAAUCAAAAGCUCUCUCUGGAGAGUCACAUGAAGCAUCUGUAAGUGUGAAGUGACAAGCUUAACUUCCAGUGAGCACUGUAAAACCCAGCCUGAAAAGUCUCCUAAGCUUUCCCAUAUUUCAGUUAUUAAGAUGAUACCAUAGUGAGAAUGACAGGGUUGGUACAGAAGCAGUUUACUGGCUUUUACAGGCCUCAGAAGAAAAAUAAGUUAGCAGAUCACAGCACAUUUAAAAGUACGCAUAUAAAUAUAUAAAUUCACCAGCAUUGUGUUGUGGAGUUUCUGGUUGUGGUGGUCAGGAGGACAGGUGGCUGCAGCAGAGGUCAGAACUCGAUCCUCGUUUGUUCGACUUACUCCUUUCAAGAGACGCAGGAGUGAUCAUAUCACCUCCGGAGAUGUUUGGACACAUUUUACAGAAUGCAAGAAAUAAUCAAAGAGUAGUCCCUAAUUAACUUUAGGGGAGAACUGCAGAGUAUUUCACUUUUGUACUUAUUCACAUGCUAAAUUGAUAAGGAUAUAUAUAACUUGAAGCGUUUCUCACAAGAUACCAAAACUAUUUCAGUACAUUAUUUGUAAGUUGCCAUUGUUCUUGCCCACAUACUUUAGGAAAUUGUAAGUGAAAUGUUCCUCUUUCUAUUUUUCUCAAUGGGGAAAAGGUCGAACAAGCGAGACGGGGUGUAAAUAGUUUGUUGUGAGAGACCCUUCAGCGUUAGUGAACAGGAUGGCUGUCCUAGCUCCUGGUAACAGCUUUAAUAGACCCUGAAGUUUUACCAUGACCAUCCAUCUGGAUGCCAGAUGGCCACGUAUUACGCUUUCUUCCAACUUGCAGUAUAUGAGGCAUAACUCAAGUCAUGUAGCCAUCUUGUGUUUCAGGUUGUGGUCAUAUUAGCUUAAGGGUAUUUGAUCUGAUGGCUUUAGAAUGAAUGGUUGAAAGUUGUGUGUGCUGUGUUUUGAUAACACACACUCAGAGCUUCAUGUCAGGGGCUGGAGUAGAAACCUCCAGCUGCAAGGAUGGUAGGCAAUAGUAUGUCAAAUUUUAACCAAGAAAUCCAAAGUGAGAAGUAGAGUGACCAUAUAUUGCCAUAUAUUAAUUAGAUAUAUCGGUGGUCGUUAGUUAAGAUUUUAGUCAGAUAUUAAGCUUGGACGAUCAGCAGAAUGAACGCAUGAGGAGUAUGGGUCAGUGCUCCCAUGCCCCAAUUCAUGUAAGGUUUGUGACAAAGUCAGUGCAUCCUUAUAGGGGAGGCUCACUAGGGCUCGGCUACCCACUGCUACUCAGGGAAGGUUGAUCCUCGAUGACACUCCGUCUUACAGUCAGUAAAACACAAGUUUGCGUUGUUCACCAGACUCUGAGAAGUGAGACUAAAGUUAAGACAAAGGCUUUACUAAGAACAUUAUAAAUAUUCUGUUACCAGGUCAGUGCCAAGAGGUCUUUAUAUAGAAUAGGUAAGAUAAACUGGAUGUCUAGUCUUUGGCCUUACUUCUCGAGGUGAAUCAGACGCCAUUAUUAUAUCCACUUUUUGACUCCUUGUAAUGGAGAUAUAUCAUUCAGAUUGAGAACUAAAUAGAUGUCAUUCCAUAUAUCAUGUACUUUUAACAGAAUACCUAGGCUUUCCACCGGGGUGACUCUACCAUUAGAAAAUUGUGACACAGAUACACCGGGCUUCCUCAUGAUAUUACCACCUCACUAGGAAAUGUAGUCAUCUGAAGAAACAUAUUUUCCCUCAGGGAAAACAGUAGUUAAUACAGUAGAAGAAGCGAUUAUUUUUGCCUUUUAGACCGGGGAUGUGUUCCCUCCAGCAUUUGUUGAGGGUGAAUUUAUCUAUAGAUCAUUCCUCUAGGUGGAUAAGCUGUUAUCAUAUCUCAUAUAAAACACUGCUUAUAUUCAUAAUGGCUAUCAUAAUCUCAUGUAUUGGCUUCAUCAUUGUACCUCCAUUUUUCAACACAAGUCAACAUAUCCAGGACUUUCAAGAAGCGAAUAAUUUAGUGUUUGAGAGCUGCAGGCGGUGUUGUAGCACGUGGGGCCACGUGCGACUUUGAGGCAGAGUUGAUGGUGAGAGACGGGUCCCCCAAGCUCUGAACAACUGACCCUGACACAUUUUUGGAUGCAAUUUGCUGGUUUCACCUUCUAAGUGUCUUUCCUCUGUCUAUACUUGGACAAAUUUUUCAUAAUUUAAGGUUUUGACUUUUACUGUGCAAAAAUUUAGAACCCCCUAGUACCUGUAAGACUUUAGAAUCUAAAAUGAAACUGCAUAUGCAAUGCCUCUUUAUUACUUUAUAUUAUUAGUAAGAUUAUAGCGUGUAGAACUGAUAGCAUUCAUAUAUAUUAUUCAACCCUAUAUAGUGGCUGCCUCCUGUGAGGUCUUCUUGUUUGAAGAGUUUUGCAUGCCUGUGUUUGUAGAGAUGGAUAACGGCCUCUGAGAUUAUUUGAGUGUGUCUGCUGUGUGUGUUUAUUGCGAGUAGUUUCUUUUAGGGGAGAAAUUGACUGUGGGGUCGUCCGGUCUGCCAUACAUGACAAUUUACUUUAUUACCUGAUGACAACUUUAGCUUAAAACUAUGGAUACAAGAUCUGGUUUUUAGUAUUACCACAUGUAGUCUUUGGCAGGUAACACACCAAUGCUGAAGGUUUUAUAACUUUAAACAGAGUAUCAUUAAGUAAUAAUUUGAAGACUGAAUCAAACGGUCUAGAUAACGUAUACGGUGCAUCAUACUGUUGCCAUACAUAGUCUUGUCAUGCCAGUAACUUACAACAGCAAUUUACUCUCAAGUUGUUGCCAGAUUUUGGGUACUGGACAUCUGAAGUAUUAAUGCAACAUUAAACUGCAAAGUUUAGACCUUCAUGGUCUCACAAAAUGCUUGUAGAAUAGGUAAAAUCUGUACAUUUCUGGCAGACAUUUGUUUUUGUUGUUGUAGGGUUAUGGUAAGACAGGAACAGAUAUUAGAAGUGAUGGAGACGUAGGAUGAAGGUGCCUGAUUCUGCACUGUGAGGAGAAAUAAUUCAUAGUUUUCAUAUAGAGUUUUAAACAUGUGGUGUAUAAUGAUAAAGAAAAAGUAGCCAUCUUUACUGGAGAAGACAGUGCUCACACACCUGCAGUCCUUGCUUCUAAGAGAAUUUCUGUACGGGUCAUACAUAGUUAGCCAUCACACAUGCUAUCCAUGCAGUCCAGGCUCGAUCACCUUCUCCGCUGCGUCCCCCCCCCCCCCCCCUUGCGUGAAUCAGCCUUAGGUUAUGGGGAGGUGUGUCUUCCCCCUCGUGAACUGUAUCUUGUGCCAAAUGUGGUGUGUAGGCACAAAACCGAGUUUAUCCCUCAAUGUCUCAUUGCUUUGUUCAGGCCCCACAGAUAAUUCAGGAAAACUGUAAACACAAUAUUGUCUCCUCAGAUGGUGUAUGUGACUUGAUCCUUGCUGCAGCUCCUAUCAGAUACACUGAGGAAUAAGUGCCCAAUUUAUUUUGUAUUGUAAGAUCUGGAUAAUUGCCUUUUUACCAUUUAAAUGAAUGCUUUAGCUCUAUAGAUUUUUUGCAGAAAUAAUAGAUCUAUAUCAAUUUGGAUAUAUGAUAAUUGUACUUUUAACAAGUUGCCAUUUUACAAUUCCAGUUAACAUUUUGCUAGUGUAAUAUUAAGUGAUAAAUUAGGUACUUGUCUCCUGGCGUGGAGCCUCUUGCUGUGGUAGGGGAAGAGUUGGCCUACCUUGAGGAGUUCUUCCCUAAGCAUCAAAGUUGUCUCUGGAAGGGGGCUGGACAGCAGUUUUAGGCCCAAACCAGCCGGUAAGGUUGAGAUGCGUAGGUUGUGGCAUAUCAUCCCUCGGCCUUAUGGCUGCAUCAACAUAUUCAUAUCACUGGCCCUUUUCUAAUGUUGAUUAUUGCAGUGAUGCUAUAUUUCUAGUAUUCAUGGCUCCAUUCAUGACUUGCUGUAGUAGAAAUAAAGUUUUAUUAUCUCUAGGUAAGAGUUGAUGCUGCCCCCAGGGAGAGGGGACUUGGGUGCCUGCUGUCAUGAUUCCCAACCAGAGCUCCUUUGCUUGUAUUUGGCUAUGGCCAAUAUUUUCUUUUGUAACCUCCUUAGCUUGUGAUACAUUCAUUUAGCUGCACUGGUGGAAGGGGUCAGGCUGCUGAGUCAUGUCUAACUUUGAAGUGUGCCAUGGGAGGUAAAUGCAAAUGCUUGUGUAUUUGAAACCAGGAGUGUUUAAAUAUAUUGGCUUUUGAUUUUAGUGUUCAGUGUUUGAAUCUAGACUGGAAAGGUUGUUUAUGCAGCCUAUAGCUUUAGCAAAAUUUUACCUCAUAUAUGAAUAAGAGUUGGUUGUCUCGAGUUAUGCUGGAGUUAGAGUGACUUUAGCCCCGACUUGAUCCAUCGUGUGUGGCCCAUUAUCUUUCCGUGGUCAGUGUUUCAUGAAGUCAAUAAGAUUUUAUAGCGUUAUUUCUAUGAAGGAGAUUAUUAUUAUAUAUAUUAUAUUUGCUUUGCAUGUAGUCCUAUAUUUUCUUUAAAACAUACUUCAUAUAGAAGCAUUAUAUCUAUGCAGGGUUUAGGUUUACCAAAGCUAAUUGGCAAUACUUUAUUGUGUACAAAGUUCUGUUGAGCUUUACAUUCUAUAAUAAGUGAAGUUCUGAAGUUGAGGAAGUUGCUGGUAUGUGGGCUGGUCAGGGCAAAAAGCUCACUUAUUCAUUUUUAAUAUUAUAUUUUUAGUUCUUUUAUACAGAGUAGCUGUUUUCUUGAAAAAGAGGAAAUUUUGAAGAUUUUUAUUCUAUAUGUAUAUAUCUCUCCUAGGAGAAUAUUUCACAGUUCUUAAAUAGGAGGUUACUUGUGCAUGUGACUGCAUGAGAGGACGAUCCUUUUGGAAGUAGCUAGUGGUUGUGAUGGACAGGAGUUUAACCAUUCUCCUGAACUUCUUUAAUGUUAUGUACAAUCUUGAUGAUUGUAGUGAAGUUUAUAUCCUCUAUUUUUUACUGUGAAUCAAAGAAUGUGCCAGUGGUUUAUGCAAGAAUUAGUUUUUAGUUUUUGUAAGUGUUGACUUUGACCAGCUUCUCUCCAACCCCAGAAAAUCACACCCUGAAUUCUAACACUUGUUAUAAUAUAUGUUCUGCUUUACCACUACUGCCUGUGCUGGGCAUUAGAGAAUUUAUUGCUGUCUAUUAUAUCAGAUUUGAAUUUUAUUCCCUAAAGUGUGUCAGAUUUUUAUCUUUUUUUAUGUAUUGAUAUCUUUUCUUGUAGUUUUAGUUUCACAUAUACUCAUUAUAAUUACUAUUCAUGUAGCAUUAUAAAAUGCUGAUUUUAUUAUUAUUUCAUUUGAUCUAUUGAUGAAAACAAGCAAAGGGAGAUAAACUGAUAAGCUUUCUAUAUAUGCAUGAAAUAUAUAAUUUAUCGGUAAUGACAACGCUAUUGCUGAGAAAAUAUGUAACUGUACUACUCUGGUAACUCUUUUGUAAUGCAACUAAUGUACUUUUGUCUAUCAAUAAAACAUUUAAUAAC